ACAUCAAGUGGAACCUAAUCAGACGCAUGUUGUGUUGUGUACAAAAAGAAACGUCAAACUGAAGUCGAGCGAACCAAAACUAAACGGCCAAAAAAUACGCAAACCCACUGGAAACCGAAAAGGAUAAGGCACAGGAAAUACGAUUGUUUACCAGAGAGAGCGGCGGACCCGUAGCGAACCGCUCCCCCAAAAAGCGGCGGCCCCAAAAAAAUCGCCCACAAGAGAAUCCACCAAAAACCCAUUUGCACACACACAAACACAGUCACACAAACACACUCGCGCAGCCAAGGAGCAAAAGAAGAAUUGCGCCAGAAGAAAUAGUAGCAUAAAGAAUCUAGUAGUGCAACUACCCGGAUCCACAGGUUCUCGUUCCAAAGGUUGGAGCAGCGCCGCAGGAACAGCCAAACAGUCAGCAGAAGAUCACCAGUAGCCGCUACCAGUCAGGAUCAUAAUUGCCAGGAUGAGCAUGGAGAAAGUAGCCAACAAGCAGUAUGAGUCGAAAAACUGGCCAGAUCUCGUCGACAGCGACGACAGCGAUGUGGAGAACGAGAUAGACGUGGAGAAGCUCCCGCCACUGGAGGUGGGUCCCGGCGAGAACCGGCUGCAGCACACAUACUGCCUCUGGUUCUCUCGCAAGGGUACGCAACGGGCGGCCGCCGACUACAGCAAAUCGCUGCACGUGGUCGGACGGUGCGCCAGCGUGCAGCAGUGGUGGUCGCUCUACUCGCACCUCAUCCGGCCCACCGCCCUGAAGCCCUACCGGGAGCUCAGCCUCUUCAAGCAGGGCAUCAAACCGAUGUGGGAGGACCCGGCGAACAGCAAGGGCGGCCAGUGGGUGAUACGGCUGCGCAAGAACAAGAUCGAGCGGGCCUGGGAGAACGUUUGUAUGGCGAUGCUUGGGGAGCAGUUUCUCGUCGGCGACGAAAUAUGCGGAAUCGUGCUACAGACGAAAUAUCCGAUAAAAACCGAACACCGCCGGCCAAUGCAUACAAAUGAGCGAAGGAGCCCGGGAGUCACGUAGUCACGUAGCCAGCAACCAGGACGCACCACAUCCUCAUCCCUUGGAGCGGCGGAAGAGCGGUGGCUCUUCUAAUUAAGACAGAGCCGGUCUGGUCUGAGCGAAAAUUAAUGGAAGCCACGAGCGGCGGAGGAGCAUUUUCGGAGUUCACACAAAUUAAAUUCCAUCAAGUUUAUUUGCUGUAAAUGAGGCAGUGGCAGAAGGAGUGAAAGUGCUGGCCCUAAUUUAAUUUCCCCACCCUUAACCCUUUUGUGCCCCCAACCCGCAACACGUGUUGCCAUCUAACCAUUUGCCACUUAGAAGCGAAAAAGGAAACAAUAGGCCCACAUACAACUACACUUGGACACACACAGAUGCUAAAUCAGAUCAGUUCGGUUAAUAUACGUUAGAUUUUCCAUGUAAAUAGUCAUUAUAAUUAUUAUUGUGGUCUACGCUGAAUUUUGUCUCGAGCAAUUUCGGCGGUAAUCCCCCGGGAAAACUCAAAAUUGUAAACAUAAAUCUAAUAUUUAUUACGAAACUUCAUAUGUGUGCAUCUCGCAAAUGCUAUGAUUGCAAAAUUAAAAACAAAAUGCAAAACAAAGAGACGAAAGAGCAGAGGGCAAAUCUAUUAAUUAGUAAUUAUUAUAAUGUGAUGUUAUAUAUAUAAAUCAAUCUUUAACAAGAAACCUAAAGCAAGUAAAACAGAAAAAUGAAUAAUGAAGAAAUAUACAAAAUUGUUAACCAACGUAACAAAUUUCACUAAGUAGAUUUUUCGAAUUAAAUUUAAAUUAUAAUAAUUAAAAAUUAUAGCAAGAAAACCAAAAAGGAAAAAAAAAACAAAAAUAACUUUGCUGUAUACACGAGAUAAAACUGCGUUUUUCUACUAAAAAUGAAUAUGUAAAAUGAUUUUUUCAAAUUUAGAUUACCUACCUUCCCCAUAUUCCUAAUUAUAUAAAAACCAAUUAUAAAUAUAUAAAUUACAAAUUCUAUGUAAAUGUUGUGCGUAUAUAUAGCAAAGCGUAGAAGAACCCCACAUUCAAAAUCGUUCAGUUAUUUAUUAUGUGUCUGCUAUAUCUUCUCUAUGUAUACAUAAAAAGAGCGCUUGGCUUCGACUAGCUAACAUUUUGGGCCUUAAACCAAAGCAACCUACUCAAGCCGGGGCCUUGGUGUUCUUCUUAUUACCCAGCAUUCUUCAGAUCGAUAUAUGUAUCUAUAUACCCCUGGGGAGGGGGGCAAUCCACACACUAAUCGUUAUUCUAUAUCUACGUGAAUGUGUUCGUUUCUAAACUUGUAAAAAAGCACGCACCCCUCCUCCGUUCAGACACGAAAUGUUUGUAAAAUAUUGAAAGAGAGAAAACGAUGGAAGAUACGAAAUUAAACUAUAAUAUUAAUACGAUUUUCGGGAGUAAAGGAAGAAAACAUUUUAGUUUUUCUACUUGAAUCGCAUUUCUUCCACUUUUCACCAAACAAAUCAAAUUUACAUGAAAAUGAUAUGAUACGAAGAAUUGAAUUUUGAGUCUCUUCAAUCCUCAAGCUCAAAAAACCAAACAAAAUUAAUACGAAACUAAAAAUUAAUGAAGUUUCUAGGUUCUAUUAUUUAGUUGUCUUGUUAUUUAUAUGUUUAGCUUUAGUUCUUGUCUAAUUUAUUUAUAAGUUUUGGCUCCGCAAUAAAUACAGACAAUUAUAUAUAUUUUUUCUAUAAUUUGUUUCAUUUUAUCAUUUUUUGAUUGUGAAAGAAAAAGGAAAAAAAAUUAACUUAGAAAAGGAUAACAAAUGAAAUGCUAAAUUUAAGCGCAAAAGUUCAAUUAAUAAAAAUUAGAAUUUUAAUAUUAACAUAAUUUGGACUAUUUAUAUAUACAUACGCAUAUAUAUACAACUCUAUAUAUGAAUAAUUAGUAACAAAUCAAAUCAAUUUCCAUAACAACCGCCAGAAAAAAAACACAAAGAAAUAUAUAUAUUCUUAGUGACGAGUGCAACAAAAACAUUCGUGCAAUUGUACUUUAAAAUUGAAUAAAAUUCAAAAAGAAAAAAAUUAACAGUGGAGGUGGAAAAGGAACGAAUGGAAUGGAAUAAAGCGUUACAUGCAACUCUGUUUUGCGUAGGGUUGCCAACGCCAACUAGCAGGCAGCCCUCAGAAGAGGAGAGCAAUAGUCGAAACACAAGCAGACGCACUCACACACAUGGCUUGAGAUCGAGAGAGCGAAAGGGACAGAUAGAGGUAGCUUCAGCACGAUGUUGAAUUGAUAGAUUGAUGAUUAUUUUUGGUGGAUGUGUCGAUUGUGGAUUGGGAGCAGCAAUUGCAACAAUAAUUCCAGGCAUAUCGAAGCAUUUUUACUCAGCACUCAGACGACAGCAAUCAGCGAAAUCGGCAACCAAAACUGAUGGCAAUAACAAGCAAAAGUAAACCAAUUCGGGAUCAGAGAGCGAAGACAAACAGGACGAAGGAGUAACCACACACAGAGACACA